CGAACACAAAAGUCAACUACACCCCAACAGAAGCAUUACAGAAAUACCAAUUAAAAUAACUAAACAAUUCCUAACCGGGUAUAACAAUUAUGUUAUCUGUAUGCAGUUCAAUUGGUCCCACAAGGAAUUUAAACAAAACGAUUGGAGUAUCGAUCAUCCCCCAGUUUAUCAAAUCCAUGACAUCAUGUCAUUUUUCCAAGCUCCCCCCCAACAACAGGACUCCCUGUUUCUCUGUAGCUGGUGUCGUAUAUAAGACUUGAUCUUCUCUCUAACGCCACUACUCUCUUCACAAUUCAAACCCGCCAUCAAAUCAAUCCAUCAAAAUCCCAUCAAUCUUCAUCACCACACUACAGCAGCUCUAGACUUCCCACAUCAGCUGUGACACACACCCCAAUCCACCUACCUACCAAUCCACCUAUACAUAUAAAGCAAAAUGUCGUUUCUAGCACGCUCCGCCCAGCCGAUUCGCCAGAUCGUGCGCACGCCGGUUGUGACGAGGGCUUUUACGGUCUCGGCGAUGAGACAGAAGGGGCCGGUUGAUGCGGCGAAGGAUGCGUUGAAGACGGUUGAUAGGAAGGUGAGCGAUAAGCUUGUUGGGGGGAUUAAAGUUGGAGAAACGGUAGCGGAAAAGACCAAACAGGCGACGGGGCUGAAGGGACAUCAAGCGAAGAGGGAAUUCGAAGAGGACCUGUAUAAUGAGGAGGGCGAGGUGAAGGGGAAGAUUAACGAGGCGAUUGGGGAGGCGAAGGGGAAGGUGAGGGAGGCGGAGGGGGAAGGUUAAGGGGAAG